AAACAAACAGAGUGUUAUGCUUAGGCUUGUAAGGGCAGCCACCAGCCGUUUCCUCGUCGGCUCCACCUACCCCAUAAAUUUUCAUUUUCCCUUUUAAAAGAAAAAAUCGUUAGGAGAAGAGGGUAGGUGGCCACUGACUUGCUACACCUUAACAACAACCACCCACACCACCAAUUUGUACCAAUUGCCCAAAUCUCAAUACCCACCAUUUCCAAUCAUUUUCCCUUUCCUAUUUAGGUUUUUGGUGAUCAAUUCGGUACUUGUUCAAUGGCUUCUUCUCUUGCAUCCAAGUCCUUCUUUGGGGCUUACCGGCUUGAUGGUUCUUCCUCGCUCUCCGACGUCCGGGACUUAUCUGUUUCUUCAGUCCAGAUUUCCUUCCGCCCACGAGCCCCCAAGAAGCUCCAAAUACAUGCAGCAGGGAGUACAUAUGGUACUUACUUUCGUGUUACAACUUUUGGAGAGUCUCAUGGAGGUGGUGUUGGUUGUAUCGUUGAUGGAUGCCCUCCUCGUAUCCCUCUCUCAGAAGCUGAUUUGCAAGGAGACCUGGAUAGGAGGAGGCCAGGUCAGAGUCGAAUUACCACCCCUAGAAAAGAGACUGAUACAUGCAAAAUAUAUUCAGGUGUCUCGGAAGGAGUGACUACCGGAACACCCAUCCAUGUAUUUGUACCAAAUACAGAUCAAAGGGGACAUGAUUACAGUGAAAUGUCGGUAGCUUAUAGGCCAUCUCAUGCAGAUGCAACUUAUGACAUGAAGUAUGGUGUCAGAUCAGUCCAGGGUGGGGGUAGAUCUUCAGCAAGAGAGACCAUUGGAAGAGUUGCACCAGGAGCUAUUGCAAAGAAAAUUCUCAAGCAAUUUUCUGGAACUGAGAUUCUUGCUUAUGUAUCUCAAGUUCACAAGGUGGUACUUCCAGAGGACCGGAUUGAUUAUGAGUCUUUGACACUUGAUCAGAUAGAAAGCAACAUCGUUAGGUGUCCGGAUCCUGAAUAUGCUGAGAAGAUGAUUGCUGCUAUUGACACAGUCCGAGUGAGAGGGGAUUCUGUUGGUGGAGUGGUCACAUGCAUUGUAAGAAAUGCUCCACGUGGGCUUGGUUCACCAGUCUUUGACAAACUUGAAGCUGAGCUGGCUAAAGCUGCCAUGUCGCUACCUGCAACAAAGGGCUUUGAAUUUGGCAGUGGAUUUGCAGGCACUUAUAUGACUGGCAGUGAACAUAAUGAUGAAUUUUAUGUGGAUGGACAUGGAAAAAUCAGGACGAGAACCAAUCGUUCUGGUGGUAUACAGGGAGGAAUAUCCAAUGGUGAAACCAUAAACAUGAGAAUAGCUUUCAAGCCAACAUCUACAAUAGGAAAGAAACAACAUACCGUGACCAGAGAUAAAAAGGAUACAGAGCUAAUUGCCCGUGGUCGCCAUGAUCCUUGUGUUGUCCCUCGAGCGGUGCCAAUGGUAGAAGCCAUGGUGGCCCUGGUUCUGGUUGAUCAAUUGAUGGCACAACAUGCUCAGUGUCAUCUGUUUCCCAUCAAUCCAGAGUUGCAAGAAUCGAUCGAGUUGCCAAGUGUUGAGGCAUUCAACAUGUCAAUUUGAAAGGCGACCAAGGUGGUUGUAACAUAUUUUUCAUUCUGGGUUUAGCUUUCUUUUUCCUUAAAAGAUUGUGAGAAUGAGACACUUCCAUAGACAUGAUAAUACAAGUUUGAGGCCUUAAUUUUCCUAUGUUUGAGUGUUGUAAUUCCUCAAAUUGUAGGGUUAAUGUCUUAUGUUUGUUGCACUUCAAACAGAUAUUCUAUUGUUUAUUUACAAAUAAAUCUUGUCCAAAGCGUAAAGCUUGUGGGAAUUUUUUGUUUA